AUGUCUGAAGUCCGACUCUCCCCAGUUUUCAACCAGCCCUCUUCCACCAUCCCCUCCACCUCCAUUGGCUCCCUCUCCAGCCUCUCCUCUCACUCAUUCACUUCCUUGACCCACCCCGCGCUCCCUCACCACCAAGAUACAUCGAUAUCCACGAAAAGGCAUCUGUUCUUCUACUUCUUUGAGAGCAGGAACGACCCCGACGAGGACGAUGUUGUACUGUGGACAAAUGGAGGCCCGGGUGCGUCAUCAGCUCUUGGAUUGUUCAUGGAACUUGGACCUUGCUUGAUCCUGGACGACAAAGGACCGAAAUUCAACCCGUACUCAUGGAACAGUAACGCAAAUAUGUUUUUCAUCGAACAGCCUGCAGGCGUUGGUUUCUCGUACGCGGACUAUGGCGGCCCCGUUGGCACGACGGAGGAAGCUGCCAAAGACGUCGCGGCAUUCGUCGUGAUCUUCUUCGAGAACUUCAGCAAAUUCAAAGGAAGACCGUUCCAUCUCUCUGGAGAAUCGUAUGGGGGCCGCUACCUACCCAUCUUCGCAUCCGAGAUAUACGACCAGAACACCAAGCUCGUCGCUGCUGGCCUGACUCCCAUCAACCUUACCUCCGUCAUGAUUGGGAACGGCCUGAGCGACUUUUUCACGAUGUUACCAGCAUACCACGACUUCGUCUGCACGGCCGCCGUCAGUCCUCCCAUUCUGGACAUUGCGACCUGUAUUCGCAUGAAACGGGCAAUCCCAAGGUGCCAGAAGUGGUCGAAAGAGGCUUGCAUUGACAUCUAUGACGGGUUGGGCUGCGACGCUGCGACGGCGUUUUGUGAGGCGGAGCUCAUGAUGCCCUACAUAUUGACAGGCCGCAACCCGUAUGACGUGAAUGAGAAGUGUAUCGGCGAGACUGAUGAUAUAUGCUAUCCAUUCACCAAACACAUCCGCGCGUACCUUGACACCCCCUCCGUCCGCAAGACCCUCGGCGUCGACCCUAUCUUCCAAGGGCGGAACUUCACCCUCGCCGACGAGCCCACCUACUUCGCCUUCCACGCCAACGGUGACUGGUUCCGCCAGACGUACCUGCACAUUGCCGCCCUCCUCGAGCGCUCUGUCCGCGUGCUCAUCUUUGUCGGCGCGAAUGAUUAUAUCUGCAACGUCAUUGGCAACGAGAAGUGGACGAUGGAGUUGGAGUGGUCUGGUGCAGAGGAGUUUAGGAGCCUGGGCUUGAGGGAGUGGGAGGUUGAUGGGAAGAGGGCGGGUGUGACGAGGACUACGAGGGGGUUGACGUACGCUACUAUUGAAGAGGCUGGGCAUAUGGUGCCGUACAACAAGCCCAAGGAGGCGUUGGAGAUGGUAAACAGAUGGCUUAGCGGGAAGGAACUGUAA